CUCUCGCUCAGCCUCCGCACCCACCAGAGCCCAAACCCAAGGGACGCCGCUAGCCAAGAAGAAGCCAAGAAUUCUCUUCGUCCGAUCGAUCGAUGACGACGGGGGAGAUGGUGGAGGCGGCGGUGCCGCGGGUGGUGUCGAUCCUGUCGUCGCUGCUGCAGCGCGUGGCGGAGCGCAACGACGCGGCGGCGGCGGCGGCCGAGGGGCAGCGGCCGGUGUCGGCGUUCCAGGGGCUGACGAAGCCGGCGAUCUCGAUCGGUGGGUACCUGGAGCGCAUCUUUCGGUUCGCGAGCUGCAGCCCCUCCUGCUACGUCGUCGCCUACAUCUACCUCGACCGCUUCCUGCGCCGCCGCCCCGCGCUCGCCGUCGACUCCUUCAACGUCCACCGCUUCCUCAUCACAUCCGUCCUCACAGCCGUCAAGUUCGUCGACGACAUAUGCUACAACAACGCCUACUUCGCGCGGGUCGGCGGCAUCAGCCUGGUGGAGAUGAACUACCUGGAGGUGGACUUCCUCUUCGGCGUCGCCUUCGACCUCAACGUAACGCCCGCCGCCUUCGCCUCCUACUGCGCCGUGCUCCAGAGCGAGAUGGCCUACGUCGACCCGCCCGCGCCCGUCCAACCCCCAAGGCUGCAGCUGCAGCUGCAGCACUGCUGCGCCGGCCCAUCCGACCACGACGAUGCCGCUGUCGCCGCGGCCGGCUGCCACCAUCACAAUCAGCAGCAGCCGCGGCUCACCGUCUGAUCGAUCGGUCGAUCGAUCGAGCCAUUUCUUUUUGUCCCCGUGGUGUCAUUUUGGCUUCUUCUUUUCCUCUCUCCUCCUUUUUGCUGUUCUUGGUACAUAGGUGUCCAUUGUUCCUAGUGAGCUCAGAUAGUCAGGUGGAUUCGAUCAUGGAUGGGUCAGGUUUUCGGGAUCUUGCCAUUGUUCGACGGAUCGAUCGUGGAUGAAUGGAUGGAUCAGCUUGGGAUUCGAUUUUGCCAUUGUUAUUUCAUUGGAUGCUCACUGGUGUAUGCGCAUGUGAGUCACAGCACGCUGCAUGUCUCUUGUCGCCUUUUUCUGGAAAUUAUUCGCUGCGAGGGAGUACGUAAAUUUGGAUUGGACAUCGUGGGAUGGUGGAGGCAACUGGGUGAUUAUUGGUCAGAACAUGGCAUGUUUCUUGGCUGUUGAUCCCAGACUGUCAAGUCUGUCAGUGCAUGGUUGGAACAAAAAUGUGUGCAGGCAACCUGAAACUCUGAAUGCACAGAGCAGUUGAAACUGCAGACCCUGUAUCUGAAACUGUCAGCGAAAGUUUCAGUCGGAAAAAUGUCACUACUGCUACUACUAGGCCAUUAUGGAAAGAUUACUAGAACAAGCAAUAGCAUCAUGGGUUGCUGUAUCAUCAAAAAGGAGUAUUUUGACCAGAACAAGCAGUAACUAUCCAGCACAGUUCAUGCAAAAUAUCAACCACCAAGUUACUGCAAAGUUUCAUCUCUGAGUAAGUUCAGAAAAGAAUUAGCACUGGUGUCUGCAAAAGAGAAGUAAAAUAUGAUCGAGAAAUCUACAGCGAUCUUUGAGAGAUGUGGCGAGCAACUUGACUGGUUGAGUGUGGUAAACAGGCAACGAGAUGUGAUUCGGAACAGUUGACGCGAGUGCAACAUUGCCAGUAAAGAACAAGGAUCAGAACGUGGUGUGCAUGUAGAUGCAGGGCUACUUGGGCUUGUGGAAGCCACCUUUUGCGCUGUAGUAUUGUAAUACACCAGCGCCUUUGGCACCAGUGCAGUGAGUUGGACAUGAACAUGGAUGGAUGGAUGGCCACGGGAAAUUCGGCAGCUGCCAAUGGUGAGCGGUGACCGGUGAGGCAGGGUAAGCGAGCAAGAAGGGGGGAGAGAGAGAGAGAGAUGGCCACGGGAAAUGAGUCUCUCUCUACAUUUUUGUGUGCCUUAAGCCAGUUGUUAGUACUACAGCUAUGCAUCCAAACAAGCUCUCAUCUGGAAAAUUUGUGUGGUACAGAAUAUAAAAAAAAAUGCAGAUGAGUUGCAAGUCAUGAAAUUUGUGUGGUAGGCAGGUACUAGGUAAUUUGAUUUUACCUCCAUGGAACUAAAUCUCAGUGGAAAAGUUAUUAUUUUCUUUCCA